AUGGCAACAGCCCGAGAAGGAGGUUGGAGGCAGGAGCGACGCAACUCCGAGCGGCCUCCCGGCUGGGCGGGCUGCACCUUUUUCGCAAAGCUGUCGGGCGACCGGCAGCCGGUGAUCGAGAAUGACGAGUACUGGCACGAGCACGUGGACACGCUCCAGUACGGCUCCUUCUCGUACACCGCGCUGCUCUACCUCGCCGACGGCCGCGGCGCCGACUUUGAUGGCGGCGACUUUGUCUUUGACGCGUCGCACGGCCGCCCCGCGUCGCGGGUGGGGCCGAGGCGAGGGCGCGUCGUCGCCUUCUCGUCGGGCGCCGAGUUCCCCCACCACGUGGAGCGGGAGGGGCGGGAGUUGCGACUAGACUUUGACAUUUUUCACCCACGGUCUCACUUCUCGGCCCUUGCGCCGCCGAAAAAGGCUUUUAGCGGGCAGCGGCGCGCAGGCGGCGCUAAGCUGCAGUAG